AUGUCCAAGGAUGUAAUAGAGUACUCGAAACUGUUUGCUAAACUAGUUAACCCGAAUGACGAUACGAAAUUAGAUGAUACGAUAGCAUCCUUCUUAUACUAUAUGUUUCCAAGGGAGCUUUUCAUUCGAGCAAUCUCACUGUUGGAGUCUUCAGACAUGUUUAUAUAUGUACUAGAUAGGGACCGUACGGGGGAAACCGGUAAAUGUAAAUUGUUGAUUGAUUUGUUGAUCGAUGAGUUUUAUAGGGACUCGUCGGAUGUGCCGUUAGAGUACCGCUUAAUCGUCAAGGAUAAUAGCGAUACAGGGCCGCCGAUACUAGUAGACAUAUCGCACUGGUUUUGCUCAUGUGAAGAGUACUGUGAGAAUUUCCAUGAAGCACUUGAAGAAAGUGACGGAAAUGAAGAAUUAUCUGAAGUGCUGAUAAAUGAAAUUGACGACCACUUGCAAUUUUCAAACGAUAAAUUCGCUCAGUUGGAUCCGCAUAGUUUGUCCAAACAAUGGUAUUUCAAAUUUGGUAAGGUUUGCUGUUCUCAUCUAUUGGCGUUUUCCAUAAUACUUAAAUCUUCGAUUAAUGUGCUGAAAUUUUUUACUGUUAAUUCAAACAAGGUUUUCAUGAUAUCGAUAGAUAAUAUAGAUGAAUGGUUAAACUUGCAUAUCAAUAUAGUUGAAUAA